GCCCGGAGCCGCGCAGGCGCACAAUGCUCCAGGGAGGGCGACCGGCUCCGGAGUCGUUGAGCGCGGCCGUGGUGACCGGCGCUGCUAAGGGGGACUCCAUUGGUGGGUUUGGGUGAGGGGAGGGCGAGGGACGCUCUGGGCAGCUCUGGCCCACGUGAUUGGCGGAGGGAAGGGGGCGGGGGCGCGAGCCAGCCUCCGGCGCUGCCCCUGCCUCAGCCUGGGUGCAGGCCUCCCGAGCUCCGCUGAGUCCCGGCCUGGGGGCGGGGCACCCGCACUCUGUCUGGCCUGCAGCCCGCGGCCGCGGCGGCAGCGGCUGCAUCGGCGGCGGCUACAGCAGCAGCGGAACAGCUGCGGGCCGUUCCCCGCUUGGGGUCCGCGGAGGAGGAGCAGGACGGAGGCAGAAAUGCAGCUGAAGUGGAGCUGAAAGGGCCACAGAUGCAAGAAUUGGGGACCCAUUUCUGAACCAUUAAGCUGUGUCUGACAUUGACCUCCUUUCAUUAAUAAUAAAGAAGAAUAUUACAGCAGGAGCUUAGGAUGUAUUAACACCAACUUAUUAAUAUACUAACUGGACCAUGUUCUGAAAACAAGUCUACAUAUUAAAGGACUCGAUCUGGACACAACAAAUUUAUUUCUUAUUUUUCUCUACUGAUAAUGUGACUCAAUGGAGGAAAGUGGUGUUUUGAUAAGCAUGAGAGAAGAUCAUUCUUUUCAUGUCCGUUACAGAAUGGAAGCUUCUUGCCUGGAGUUGGCCCUGGAAGGAGAACGACUGUGUAAAGCAGGAGAUUGCCGUGCUGGGGUGUCGUUCUUUGAAGCUGCAGUUCAAGUUGGAACUGAAGACCUAAAAACACUAAGUGCUAUUUAUAGCCAGCUGGGCAAUGCCUACUUCUACUUGCAUGACUAUGCCAAAGCUUUAGAGUAUCAUCAUCAUGAUCUAACGCUGGCCCGGACCAUUGGAGACCAAUUAGGUGAAGCUAAAGCCAGUGGUAACCUGGGAAACACCUUAAAAGUUCUUGGCAACUUUGAUGAAGCUAUAGUUUGCUGUCAAAGACACUUAGAUAUCUCCAGAGAACUUGAUGAUAAGGUUGGAGAAGCAAGAGCACUUUAUAAUCUUGGAAAUGUAUACCACUCUAAAGGAAAAAGUGUUGGCUGUCCUGGCUCUCAUGACCCAGGAGAAUUUCCAGAAGAGGUGAAAACUGCUUUGCAGAAAGCAGCAGAUUAUUAUGAGGAAAAUCUAUCAAUAGUGACUGCUUUAGGGGACCGAGCAGCCCAGGGACGUGCCUUUGGGAAUCUUGGAAAUACACAUUACCUUCUUGGCAACUUUAGAGAUGCUGUUGUGUCCCAUGAGCAGCGCCUCUUGAUUGCAAAAGAGUUUGGAGAUAAAGCUGCCGAGAGAAGAGCAUAUAGCAACCUUGGAAAUGCGUAUAUAUUCCUUAGUGAAUUUGAAACUGCUGCAGAUUACUACAAGAAAACGCUACAGUUGGCCCGGCAGCUUAAAGACAGAGCUGUAGAAGCACAAUCUUGUUAUAGCCUUGGGAACACUUAUACUUUACUUCAGGACUAUGAGAAAGCCAUUGAUUAUCACCUGAAACACCUUACUAUAGCUCAAGAACUGAAUGAUAGAAUUGGAGAAGGAAGAGCAUGCUGGAGUUUAGGAAAUGCCUACACAGCAUUAGGAAAUCAUGAUCAAGCCAUGCAUUUUGCAGAGAAGCACUUGGAAAUUUCAAGAGAAAUUGGGGACAGAAGUGGUGAGCUAACAGCUAGGCUGAAUCUUUCGGAUCUUCAAAUGGUGCUUGGUCUCAGCUAUAGCACAAAUAAUUCAAUGAUGUCUGAAAACAAUGAAAUUGACAACUCGUGUGAUACACGCCCUAAGGUAGGACGCCGACACAGUAUGGAAAAUAUGGAACUCAUGAAAUUAACACCAGAGAAGGUUCAAAACUGGAAUAGUGAACUUCUUGCUAAGCAGAAACCUCUUAUUGCCAAACCAUCCGCAAAGUUGCUUUUUGUAAACCGACUCAAAGGGAAGAAGUACAAAAAUAAUUCCUCCACUAAAGUUCUGCAAGAUGCUAGUAAUUCUAUUGAUCGCCGACUUCCAAGCUCUCAGAGGAAGAUCAAUCCUGAUACAAUGGGAGAUGAAGGGUUCUUUGAUUUGUUAAGCCGAUUUCAAAGUAAUAGGAUGGAUGACCAGAGGUGCUGCUUAAAGGACAAGAGCUGCCACCCAAUUUCAGCUGCGACCUCCUCCACGCCCCCCAAAACAAAGAGAAAACCUCUGUCUGUUUCUAUUGUCUCCCCCCAUACGGAUGAAUUUUUGGAUCUACUAGCUAGUUCGCAGAGCCGUCGUCUAGAUGACCAACGGGCCAGUUUUAGCAAUCUGCCAGGGCUUCGUCUAACCCACAACAAUAAUCAGUCAGUACUUGGCCACCUGAUUGCCAGUGACAACAAAGAGCCAGAUGAGGACUUCUUUGAUAUCCUUGUAAAAUGCCAAGGCUCCAGAUUAGAUGAUCAAAGAUGUGCUCCACCACCUGCCGCUACCAAGGGACCAACGGUACCAGAUGAGGACUUUUUUAGCCUUAUUUUACGGUCUCAGGCAAAAAGAAUGGAUGAACAAAGAGUUCUUUUACAGCGAGACCAAAACAGAGAUACCACAUUUGGACUGAAAGACCUUUUGCAAAGCAAUGCCUUGUUGGAAUUUGAAAAUUCAGAAGGAAAAUCAGGAAGCCAUUAACAUUGUACAUUAUUUCAUAGUUACUGCAGGGAAAAUAAAUUUACCUUUACCUUAAAGGGAAAUUUUGUAGCACUGUAGAAGUGAUUAUACAGCUUAAAAGUUUUUUUAGAAUUAUGUAAAUAUUUUAAUUUUUUCAUGGUACAGUGAUGAAGAAUUAACAUUCCUUUGAUUAUCUGUUUGAACAGUGUUUUAGUAUAUUUGUAAGGUGCAGUAUCAGCAUGUGGUCACUACUUAGGUUUUGUAUUUUUUUUUUGACAACUUCCUAAAAUGUCUCUGUAUUUUUGUAAAAUAGGAAACUAUAAAUUAGGAAUUUAUCUUCUCACUAGAGAUUUUUUUUUUAUUUUAAUGAUUGGCAAUGGUACUUUUUUAUAUUUGACUGGGGGGUAGGGUGCUCCUUCAAAAUAAUGUACUUGAUUAAUGUAAAAAGAUUGUAAGAAGCAUUAUGUUUGUACAGAUCUUGAAUUUUUUUUUCCUCUUAGUUUGCCCCAUUAUCUUUACUUUGUCUUAAAGCAAGAGUUGGUACAAAGGAAACUGGAGGAAUAAACUUUCCUCUCAUAUUAA